AUGGACGGCAAGCCCGUCAUGUGCCUCGAGGGCCACGAGGCCACCGUGACGGCCGUCGCCGUCGACUCGCUCAAGAUCGUCUCGGGAGGCGCGGACACGAAGAUGAUGCUCUGGGCCCGCGCGACGGGCGAGCGGCUCCGCGUGCUCCACGGCCACAGCCGCUCCGUCGUCUGCCUCAACGUGGGGCCCACGUGGGUCGCGUCCGGCGGCCAGGAGUCCGAGGCGCGCAUCUGGUCCCUGCCCAAGGAGGCGGACCCGUCCGCGUCCGUCGGCCACGAGCGGUCGCGCGUCAAGGCCGAGGAGGCCCUCAAGCGCGGCCAGGUGCGCUGCCGCAAGCGCCUCAGCGCCGGCGGCGCGGGGCUGACGGCCGUCAAGUACGGCAGCCUCGAGCUCAUCGCGGGCCUCGCGGACGGCCACAUCAUCGUCUGGUGGCUCCAGACGGGCGACAUCCUGCAGCGGUCCAAGGCCCACGACGGCCCCGUCUUCGACCUCCAGUUCGACGCGACGCGCGUCGUCUCCGCCGGCGGCGACGCGCUCGUCGUCGUCACGGACGUGACGACGGGCGAGCAGAUCCAGAGCUUGCGGGGCCACGACGGCCCCGUGAUCCAGCUCCAGUUCGACACGUCGAAGAUCCUGAGCGCGGGCGUCGACAACACGCUGCGCCAGUGG